CCCAGAUAAGUUUUUCACAAGGUGAAGUUACUACAUAUGUACAGAUGCCUGAAAAAAAAAUAUACAUGAGUACAGUUCCAUCCCACCGCUGCUCAUAAUUACAAUGAAUUUAAAGGAUCAUCAAUCAAGUGUGUUCGACUGUUGCUGGGAGCUCCAGCCAAUCAAGUCGAUCGUUGGGAGGGUUGGGUGUGUUGCGAGAGGCAUGACGUCAGCCGCAGCCCUCUCUACCAAAACAAAGGGAAGGAAAAGACAUUUGCAUCGCCACGUGAAACGAGGGGGUGGAGGUGGUGGGCUGUAUUUCAGUACGCUCGGUGUGUGGAGGGACACUGAGAGGUCCGGGAGGGGCAUUCUUCCUUCCUUUCGUCUGUCUGUCAGUCGGUCCGUGUGAAUGGCGGAUGGGGAAGCCGCCGUGUCCGUGAAGAGGGGGGCGGCCGCUGUGAUUGGAGCUCUAAACCCGAGGAAAGAGCUCACGCCUCGGCUUGCGAUUUUUUUAGUUUUUAUUUAUUUAUUACUAUUAUUUAUUGAUGUAUUGAUUUCUUUUUUGCACAUUGCCACUCCGAUCCGACGUCCGCUUCUUCUUAACAUGGAUCCCGAGAAGACGUUGACGUUCUGUCUCGGGCUCAAGGUUGAGUUGAUGACGAUGACCCUGAAAUAUGUGGAUGGGACCACCGAGGCUUCCACGGUGGCUUUUACCCAGAAGGAAUUGGACCAACUCACGGUUCACAAGGUGGUGAAGCAACAUGAGGGUUCCGGUAGCCAGCCUGUAGUCAGUCCCAAGUACUGUCCUGGUGUAAACAACAAUCCAGGUUACCUCUGUGAGACGGGACACUGCUGCGGAGAGACGGGCUGCUGUACCUACUAUUAUGAACUCUGGUGGUUCUGGCUGCUGUGGACCGUGCUGAUCCUCUUCAGCUGUUUCUGUGCUUACCGCCAUCGCCGUGCCAAGCUGAGGAUCCAGCAGCAACAGAGACAGAGGGAAAUCAAUCUUAUUGCCUAUAACGGAGCCUGCAACUUCCCAUCCUCCAUGCUGGAUCUCAGUUUUCUGGCCAACUUCAAGUUACCCUCUUAUGAUGAAGUAGCAGCGCGGCCCACCACACCUCCUCCACCUUACAGCGCUGUCUUCGCCCUGCAGGGAGGCGCCAUGCUAGGGCCGAGCUCCUCCUACCCCCAUCACCACCUCCACAGUCACCCCUGCUCCCCCUACCUGGGCCCGGGCCCCAGCGGCCUCACCUCGUCCCAGAGCUCCGACAACUACACCAGCUGCUCCUGCGAGUCCUGCUCCCUCACUUCGCCCUGCAGCACCUCCUUCUCCGUCCAGGUGACGGACGAGACGUACGACAGCAGCCGCCUGUCCACGCCCAGCGAAGCGGGGGGCGACGGCGCCCUCUUACCCAGGGCGGCGGGCGGCCGCUUAUCAACUCCCUCGUCCUCGCCACCUUCGUCCCAGGUUCCACCGGAUGUUAUACCGGCGCUCACUCCAGAUGUCAUUCCCAGUCAUUCCUGUAAUGGCAAUGAGGGGAUCUCACGCCAGGCUGCCCCACUGUCACUGCCCUUGUGGCCCUUUAAUAGCUAUCGUCCCUCGCAACACCCUCGCCUCCCGCUUUCACCCAUCAGUCUGCUAUCUUCCCUUCCCUCUGAUCAAGUCCAUCAUCUCGUCUACUCGGACCCCCUGUACGCCACGCCCAAAGGAAGAGAGGGAGACGCGCAUCAUCAAGGGGCUGUCCCUGCCACAAGUAUGUCCACCGUGAUGCACCCCGAAGACGAGGACGAGGAGGAUGACGAGGAGGAUCACUUCCGCCACCGACGCCUGACGGGAGAUUCCGGCAUCGAGGUGUGUCGCUGCAAAGUCAAGCGAGAAGACCGAGAGGAGGAAGCGGGCCUCAAGGAGCGGGAGCGGCAAGAGAGAGGGAACUGCUCCGUCCUCUCACCCCUGCUGGACGACUGUGUCCAGCACCACGGCGACGCCGUUAUCGUCGUGGAGUCCUCUGUAGUCUAACGAGCAAAACAAGAAGAAAAAGUCAGGUGUUUAUGGUUAGCGUCAGCCAUAUAGAGCAAGACAAGUAGGUGAAAAGUCACUGAAGUUAGUCUUGGAGGUGACUGGGAGGACAGGAUGAGUUAUCUCCUCUUGUUUUCACCUCCGAGAGAAGGUCUUACUUGAGUGAGCCUUGAUAAUUGUUACCUCUGCCAGGUAUAAAAGCACAAAAGAUGUCAGUUUGUUGGUUUGAUAGUUAGCAGGAUUACACAAUAAAUCACCGAACCAAUAGAAAACAUUGUAGUGUCACAUCUACCAAUGAAGAGCCCGUUACAUUUUGCGGGGAAUCUGGAAAAGUGCAUUUACAUAAAUUCAUUUUCCCUUCUUGACCUUUUUGAGUCGCCCCUGUUCCACAGUUAAAGUGGUAAAACCCCUCCAACCAGUCACUUUGUCAUGCUUUUAGCGCACAGUGAACCUGUAUUAGCCCUAGUUUAGCGCUAGCUAUGUGACUUCAUAAAAACUUUAUGGAGGGAUAGCUCAUGGGCCAACGAAAACCUAUGUAAAUAUGUUUGCAGAUCUGGAUAAAAGUAUACACAUACAGGAAUUUAUUUGUACUUUUACCCUCUGCUGCAAAGUUCCGUGGUCACUUAAGCACUUGACACAUGAUGUCACAAAAUGUGAGGUAUUGUUUUAAUUGUCAUCAAUCGGUUUGUUCAUUUGAAACAAGGACUACGCAAAAAACACUCGACCGAUUCCCACAAAACUAGUAGUAGUGGCACACCUACCAAUGAAGAACCCACUACAUUUUGCUGGGAAUCGGGAAGAAUGCUCUUACGGUAAUUUAUUUUGGCGUUUUUCCCCUUUUCAGUAAACCCCCUAUUCCACAGUUAAGUCCCCUCCGCCCUUUUACUUCUGGCACAAGUUUAGCACUAGCCACGUGAUGUCACAAAAACUUUGUAGAGAGGUGACAAAUGGGCCGAAAUUGUGUGCACAUACAGGAAUUUAUUUUUAUAGUUUGAGCCUCUUUGGCAACAAUGGAACUACUACUAACAAAUAUAACACCACUUACCCAUUAUCAACAUAUUACAUCAUCCUCCAGUAAGUAGCCUGCUAGCAAACAAACAGUUGGAUAAACAACCCCAAGCAAUGUGCUUUAUAGAAGCAGAAAAAACACUUUGACCUUGAUGGAGGUCUGUACUCAAAGGCCUGCUAUUCUAGUUUGUUUUACCUCUUCCUUCACAUUGAUGGGAAACAACCAAAAAACAAUAAGCUGGUAUUUAGGGUCUCGCCAUUUUUACCCACCGCAUUAACAUACAUUAAUUUGUUCGCAUCAUAUAUUUAAUGCAAAUUUUAUGCUAUACAAUCAAAUUUGGUGGCAGUCGCAUAUUGGCUUAUGCAUUGUGUAUUGGCCACAACUUUUGCCAUACCCAUAAGUUUGAUAAAAAUCCUGAAUUAAUCAUUAAAAAGGGUAUGGAUAAGGCGUUAAAAUCAGGGAUGGGUAUUUGACUACAUUUCCUCGAUUCCAUAUGGGAAAGAAUCAUGUUUUUUUUUCUUUUCUUCAUAUUUUGAAUGAGUUAAGGGAAGCUCGGUGAAUGUUCUGAGCCCGUUUUCAUGUCAGUAUUGUGGCACGGAUGGAGCUCAACUUGGUACAGCCGAUGUCAUGUUGAGAGUGAAUCAACAGCGCAUCUGCUGGCGCACUCCGUUUUGACGCCAUUGCUUCACGCAAUUGUUCUUCAUGAUCUAUGACAGUGGUGCCUUGAGAUGAGUGGCCGGAUUUUCGAGUUGGUCGAGAUACGAGCCAUCAUUCAGCCGAUUUUUGUCGUUGUUGACUUGCAAUGCUAGCUUGAGAUAGGAGCGCUAUAUGGUGGGAGUAAACUCUCCUCAAAAUAAGUAGCACUUUGGCAAAUAGUGAACAACUCGUCAAACGAGGUUUCAUCCUGUUUAAAGCCACUUCCAGUUGAAAUUUACUGUCAAAAUAAACAUCAAACUAGGAGAAUUACACGUUUAAAACAAACUUAGCCGUUAGUCUGCUAGCUAAUGCAAACACAUAACGGGAAAUAUAUAUUUUAGUUUUUUACUUAAACAACUGGUAUUUGAACACAAAUGGUGCAGCAACACAUUUAGACAUUCAAUAACAGUACUCACAGUCGUAUUCUCUGCGAGGAGCUGACACGUCCAUCUACAGUAUAAGAGCUGUCACUUAUACUGCCUCCUGGUGGCCAGCAGCCCAAUGGUCAUUCAAUUGAUGCAGUGUGACAAAAUUAAAAAUAAUUAUAUUGAAUUAUGUUAUUACUGUAUGUUUUUAUAAAGUACAAUAUAAUAGUGUGCUAUUUUUCAUAUUAAAUAAACACUCACAUAUUUGUGGGCCUUUCCAUAAAUUUCAUUUGGGAAGAUGCUUUGUGACUCUAGUGCUUUGAGUUCCAAGUGUGGUCACGGAACGGAUUAAACUCUUAUCUCAAGGCGCCACUGUAUUACGCCCAUCCCUAAUGUAAAGUAAGUUCGCUGAAGUUUUUUAUUUUUAUUUUUUUCAAUCAAGUGACUCAUACAUUAUUGUGCCCUCCCAUCACCGCCUUCAUGUUAUGUCCCAGGUCUGUAAAGCUUUAAUAUGGUCAGUAUAGUGCAACACUUCUGACCGUUACAUGGAUAGAUCAUGGCUACCAUAGCAUACUGUUAAAUACUCCGGCUCACGUGUGUUUCAAGGUUGUUACUGUUUAAAGGCGAUGUGUUAACCCGACGCCCUCACACACUAAUAAUGAAUGUAAAAAGCACUGCAACGAGCUGGAGUGCUUCUGGACAUUUUUAUAGUGGGAAGAAGAAAAAAAAAAAACAGGGAAAUGUGUGCUGCAAGGCUGGUGAGACGUGUUUUUGAGCGUUCAAAAAUAUUUGGAGACAGUUUAAAUGUUAAGAAUUGAG